AUGUCAGCCUGCACCGGAAACACCGACGAUAAAAGUGGAAUCCCAGGCGAUCCACGAACAGUCAAGAGUAAAGUACUCGAAACAGGAGCUUCAAUGGUCCAAGACUUCGCGCCAGUGAAACAGAUCUGCGCGCACCUCAACGCAUUCCAUGUCUAUGCCAACGAUCCCACUCGAUGCGUCGAGGCGAACCACUACUGCACGCAUUUAACAGAAGACGUCCGCCAAUGUCUAAUCUACGACUCACCAAAAACAAACGCCCGCCUAAUCGGCGUCGAAUACAUGGUCUCACCGCGAAUCUUCGAAACACUCCCAGCCGCAGAACGCAAGCUUUGGCACACGCACGAGUUCGAAGUGAAGAGCGGCAUGCUGAUCAUGCCCGCGCCAGCUGGCGUCCCCAAGCCUGCAUGGGAGGCAGCUGAGACGGCUGAGAUGCAGGAUGUUGCGCCUAUUUAUGGGAAAACUUAUCAUUUUUGGCAGGUUGAUCGUGGGGAUGUUGUGCCUAUGGGUCCGCCGCAGUUGAUGGGGAGUUUUACUUCGCCUGAGAGUGUGGAAGUUGCAAAGCCUGGGGGCUUGGAUGAGUUGUUGGGGGAUCGGGAUGGAAGGUUUGGGGUUGAUUAUCGGCAGAAGGCUAAGAAGAGGGAGGGGAUUAAGGCUGUUGAGAAGCAUUCUGAUGCUGAUACGAUGUGGAAAUCGACUUGA